AUGAAGAAGCGUAUUGUUAUUUGUUGUGAUGGGACUUGGCAAAAUUCGGACAAUGGCUACGUUAAGCCAUCUGCUUCCAAUCCUGUACCGACCCUCCAGAUCCCGUCGAACGUAACACGCAUCUCAAGAGCUUUCAAAAGGGGUUGUUCUAAUGGGACAUUCCAAAUUAUCUAUUAUCAGUCCGGCGUCGGCUCUAGAGCAGGUGUCGUCGACAGAAUCAUAGGCGGUGCAUUUGGAAUCGGAAUAGCAGAGAAUAUUCGCGAGGCUUACGCCUAUAUUUGUGCGAACUAUGUUGAUGGGGACGAAAUCAUUCUUGUCGGUUUCAGCCGCGGAGCUUUCACUGCGAGGUCUAUCGGCGGAAUGAUAUCUGAUCUAGGUUUGCUCACCCGCGAGGGCAUGGAGUUCUUCUAUCCGGUCUUCAAAGAUAUGCAGAACUGGAUGAAUCCCCAUUACGAGGAUCAAUUUCCACAGGUGCCAUUCCCAAAUAAACCAAAAGGGUCUCGCGCUGCCGACGAGUACCGUGACAUGCUUGUUAAGAUCGAGCAUGGGUUUCAUGCCCUCGCAUUAGACGAAACCCGCGGUCCGUUCAGCCCGACAUUAUGGGAGCGGCAACCAGAAUAUCGAGACACUUCAGAUCUUCGACAAGUUUGGUUCCCCGGUAGUCAUGGAAACGUGGGAGGUGGUUGGGCCGAUCAAGGCGUUUCUAAUAUAACCCUUGCUUGGAUGAUGGAUCAACUCUCUUCCGUUGGCUGUGAAUUCGUAGAUGACGCCCUUGAGAGACUCUACGAUCGUAAUGUGAAAUAUUACCACAGUUUGACGCCGGAAAAGACGAGACGCGAGAAGCUUGCUAACUAUUCUUGUGGAUGCUGCGGGGCCAUUCGACAGAAAGAGCCCCUACCUUGGGCAGCAAUGCCUAUCUUUCAUCCGAACAAACCUGUCCGCCCGUGGUCCCUGCAUAGCAUCCAAGCGGUGAAGAGCCCAAUUUAUGAUCUCGUUGGACGCGUUACUCGUUCGCCUGGCAUGUACAGGAAGAUGAAUCCUGAAAAUGGACGGCCGACACGUGCCUUUCUUAAGGAUACGAACGAGCGCAUCCACAGUUCGGUGCGCGUCCGCCUUGCGUGUGAAGGUUUGGGGCUCAACGACUCGAAUAUUUGGGAAUGUAAAGCCUUGGUACGAGCGUGGCGUCCUCGUCGCGUGGCUCAAACAUUUUCUGACCCUGUGCCGCACGAUGCUAGUUGGGGACGAAAAGCUAAUGGCGAUACUGGAGGGAGGCAGUCUAAUACCGCCAACGGUAGCAGCGCUGCUCCUAGUAAAGCCAUUUAUGACGCAGAGGAAAGCGAAAGUACUACUACGCAAGGAGGCAGUUCCCGCGAGGAACUACGCUGGGUCUGGGAGUAUAUAGGUCCUGAGGCGGGUGCUCCGUAUGUUCGGACAUUGGUGGAAGAGAACAUAGGUCCGUGGGAAAGACAUUUGCUGGAGUUAUCUUCUGGCAAAGUGCACGUUCGCGAGUACGCGGAUGCCCAGGAUGUCAAUAAUCUCAAAGCUUUCAGUAGUGGAGUUCCUGCGAAGAAGUCGAUUCUGAGGAAGGCGAACAAAUCGACUCCAUGA